AUGCUCUUCAACCUCGGACUCCUCACCUCCCUCUUGGCCAUCACCAGCAUCACCGCCUCCCCCUUAACCUCUCACGCUCCUUCAAGUUCAGCUCUCGAACGUAGGAAUAACGAUAUCACCCACCUAGGCGCCGUAGGCAAGACCCUCUCCGGAGGAACUAAAUUCGGGGACCUCGUCUUCGUCAGCGGGCAAGUUCCUUUGGUGAACGGGACUAUCGUGCCGGGUGGGAUCAAGAAUGAGACGGCUCUUUGUAUCCAGAGGGUCGGGGAGAUUUUGCAGGAGGCGGGAACGGAUUGGAGUAGGGUGUUGAAGGUUACCGUCUUGCUGCAAGAUAUCAACGAUCUGGCCGAGAUGAACGAGGUCUACUCGGCCAUGAUCCCGGAUCCCAAGCCUGCUCGUGCCGCUUUCGAAGUGGGCAACUUGCCCGUCACUGGAAUCUCGGUCGAGAUCGAAGCUGUUGCCGCUUUGUAACGUCGACGUUUUUCAGGAUUUGUCGCUGACGGAAGUUUUCAAAGGGAU